AUGGGCUCCAAAAAUCGUAGUUCAGCCCUAUCAAAUCACGGAUUAGGCCAGGGUUUGGAUUUUGUUAUAUCGGAGGCUAAGAAGUAUGGAGUUCGAUUAAUCUUGAGCUUUGUAAACAACUACAACGAUUUUGGAGGGAAAGCUCAAUAUGUUCAAUGGGCGCGAAAUGCAGGAGCUCAGAUAAAUGGAGACGAUGAUUUUUACACUAAUUAUAUUACUAAAGAUUAUUACAAGAAUCACAUUAAGAAAAUUGUUACAAGGUUCAAUACCAUUACUGGAAUGACUUACAAAGAUGAUUCAACUAUCAUGGCAUGGGAACUAAUGAAUGAGCCUCGCAACCAAGCUGAUUAUUCUGGAAAUACUCUUAACGCGUGGGUUCAAGAAAUGGCAAGUUUUGUGAAAUCAAUUGAUAACAAACACUUGCUAGAAAUAGGAAUGGAAGGAUUUUAUGGUGAUUCAGUGCCAGAAAGGAAGUCAGUUAAUCCUGGUUAUCAAGUUGGAACAGAUUUUAUUAGUAACCAUUUAAUCAAAGAGAUUGAUUUUGCCACUAUUCAUGCAUACACUGACCAAUGGUUAUCUGGUCAAAGUGAUGAUGCUCAAAUGAUAUUCAUGCAAAGAUGGAUGACAAGUCAUUGGCAAGACGCAAAAAACAUACUUAAAAAACCAUUGGUUCUAGCUGAAUUUGGCAAAUCAAGUAGAGAUCCAGGAUACAAUCAAAAUAUACGCGAUACAUUUAUGAGCACGAUAUACAGAAAUAUUUAUAGUUUAGCAAAAGAUGGAGGAACGAUGGGAGGAAGCUUAAUAUGGCAGCUCGUUGCACAAAGCAUGGAGAAUUAUGAGGAUGGUUAUUGUAUUGAAUUGGGAAAAAAUCCAUCGACUGCUGGAAUUAUUACAAGCCAAUCUCAUGCCAUAACAGCUUUGGCUCAUUUGGUUAAGAUUUAGGAGUUAUUUUAUAAGUAUACA